AUGGAAGACGAAAUCACAAAUACAGUAAAUUUACAAAGAAUGAUGGGAAGUGGCAAAGAAAAAAGUGGCAAAUAAGUUAAAACUAUUAAGUAUAGCUAGCAAGAAUUGCUUACUCAAAUAGAAUAAAAUAAUGAAUUAUAAAUCAUCAAAAGAUUAAAAGUAAAGCUAGAUCAAUCAAGACAGGAAAGAUAAAAGACAAAUAUUGAAAUAAAUAACACUAAAAAUGAAUAUGUAGCUAUGAAAGGAUAGGUGAAGUAGUUUAUUUCUGAUUAAAAUUAAAAUAACCAUAAAAUAACUUAUCCUAAAAGAAAUCCUAACAAAGAGUGA